AUGACUCAAUUACUUGGCAUAGAAUUCGCACCUCUUAAUGUGCCUUUGGAAAGACGACUUCAAACUUUGGGUGCAAUACAUUUCUUCAUGAUCUCCUUAAUACUACCUGUUUUGACGGUUAUUUUUGCAGUUUAUAUGCUAUUCACUAUUCUGUGGCCGAUAUCAACGGCAUACUUUGUUUGGUUGUAUUACGAUUGGAAUUCACCGAAACGUGGUGCUUACCGUUCCACUUGGUUUUUACGGCAACGGAUUCACAACUGGUAUGCAAACUACUUCCCGGUCAAACUACACAAAACAGCAGAGUUGAGCCCUGACGAGAACUAUCUAGUAGGCAGUCACCCUCAUGGAAUCAUAUCAAUGUCAGCAUUCAUCAACUUUGCCACCAACGGGACUGGAGUUCUUGAGAUGUUUCCCGAGAUCAGCUUUCAUCUCUGCACUUUAGUAGGGCAAUUUUAUACGCCAUUUCGACGAGAAUGGGGUCUAUUGCAUGGAAUGAUCGAUUGUAGCCGUGAGAGCCUUUACCAUGUUCUCAACGGCGAAAAGGGCAAAGCUUGCGUGCUAGUAGUCGGUGGAGCUGAAGAAGCUCUUGAUGCUCAUCCAGGUCAUCACAUUCUAACCAUUCACAAACGUAAAGGAUUCAUCAAGUUAGCUCUGGAAACUGGCGCUCAACUUGUGCCAUGCUAUUCUUUCGGAGAAAACGAUCUAUUCCAUCAGGCGGACAACCCAAAAGGAUCCACAAUAAGAAUGAUUCAAACGACACUAAAGAAUUUCGUGGGCAUAUCACCUCCAGUUUUCCACGGUCGAGGUGUCUUCAACUACAACUUCGGUUUACUGCCGUAUAGGAAACCAGUUAACACCGUUUUGGGAGCACCAAUCAAAGUGGUCAAGACCGAAAAUCCAACCCAAGAACAGAUAGACGAUUUACACAGAGAAUACGUCACGAAGCUGCAGGAACUAUUCGACACAAACAAAACCAAGUACGGUGUCCCUUCGCAGACACAACUAGUACUGCAGUAA